AUGGAAGACAAUGUUGAAUCGGGUGAACGCAAAAUGUCAAGCGAUCAGCACGGAGGAACUGCAACCUGGUAUAUCAGAACUGCUAAAGUGGCUAUAGCAGUGGCCAUUAUCAAAAGCAAGCCAUCAGGUAGGAGUGGGAGACAACAGGCAGAAUAUCUUGCCGCUGAACUCAACCGGGAAGACGAAACUUGGAAAACUAAAGCAAGAGACCUGAAAGAGGAAGUGCUACGACUUAGACAAGAACUUGUGCUCACAAAGCUGCUGUCUAAGCCGAAUAAUUCAGCUGGGGCAGGAGAAGGUGGUGAUCUGGUGAAGCUUCUUUCCCAGGACCUAACAGAGCACCAUCUCUCAGAGAGUGACUCUGGCUGUGGGACUGGCAACAACACGCAGACUCUGCCCCUGACUCCCGACCUGGUAGAUGCCCACUUCCUGUUACUUCCCUCUCCCAGCCCUCUGUCCUCUGUCCAUCCUAGUCGGGUGUGUUUCCCUCCCGUGGGCCAUGCAGGCUCCCGAGAGCGUGCCAUUUCAGAGCACACACGGUUCCUGCAGAACCUGAGCGGCUUGCUUCAGCUGGAUGGCCCCGCUCUGGCCCUGAGUGGAGAGGGUGAUGUGGUGUGGGACUCGGUCCUCCACCUGCUCAGCACCGUGGUGGACGCCUACAGAGAGGCUGGCGGAGGCCGGCUCCUCCCUCAGCCAGGCCUCCUCAUCCAGGCUUCGCAAGUGGUGGCGCGGGUCCUGGAUCAGAGAGGGAUCCACCAGAGGCCUCCUGUGCAGUGUCUGGGCCAAUCGGAGGACUCACUGAAAGAGCUGGUUGAUCUACUGCUAAACAACAGUCAGCUCAAUAAGUCCCGAACCCAGGAGGCUCUGACGGAGUGCUUGCUCUGUCUGGGCAGCAGCGGCUUGCUCAGGCCCACGCUUGUCAGACUGCUGCUGUCCAACAUCAACCACCUGACCCAGCAUCUGCGGGACACCUGCCAGGGAUCGAGUGAAGGAGGGCAGCAGCCAGUUGACUGGGCCAGAUAUGAGAACUCCUUCUACCUUUUCUGGCUCCUAGAGCACCUCUCGCAGGCCGGGCGGUGGAAAUGCGGAGCUGAGAACCAGGAUCUCCUGGCCCAGCUGGAGAGCCAGGUCCUGCCUCUGUCGGAAGAGUUCCCCCUGCUCGCACUCUACAUGUGGCGGGUCACUGCGCUGCUCGAUCCCAUGAGCGCGGCAAGGAACUGA